AUGCAUGCACACCCAACACUCCCGGUACAUUUCCAAACCUGGUGCAGGGAGAGAGGAGCAGACAGAAGAAAGAAGCGUUUGUUGCUGUCCUCGCAAAGGCCAGAGACCACAUUGGCGGCAUGCUCGGCAACCUCCAUGGGAGAACACCUGUCAAUGAAUCCGCAGAUGGUUGGUCAUCCAUCCACAGAGAACAUAUAAAUCGAGCUCAGAAGCGAAGGAAACCUAGGUUUCAGCAGAAGAGACGGAAAAUGGCGACAGGAAGGAAGAAGCCCCAGCGGUAGCUGGACCCAAGGGAUCCUCCGCUUAUCGACACAUCCCCGUCAACGUCACGGCUGCCUUCGCCGCCGGUUCCUCCUUCGCCUCCGCCUCUGCCUCCGCCCCCACGGCUUCCUCCUCCUGCUCCUACUGCUCCUCCUGCUCCUCCUCCUCCGACUGGCCCCGCAGGGCCCCUGCUCCUCCUCCGACUGGCCCCCCACGGGCCCCUGCUCCUCCGCCGUACGGCUUCGCCACCGCAAUCUCAGCUACCAGCAGAAGCGACAGCAACAGAAUACAGAGCGCCGGUUUUCUUCGAGGGAUCAUUGGAUGGUCGUCGAGGGAUCGAACUCCGUAAGGAGAGGAUUCGAAAUCAUUGGAUGGCCGUUGCCGUAAUUUAUAGAAGAGGAAACCCUUCUCACCAAAUUCCUUCGGCUGCUAUAAGAUUAGAAUAUUUUCCGCCACGAAAAAUCUCCACGUUCUGACUUCGGAAUCAAUGGAGUCCACAAAUAUGGUGAGACGAUCCGUAUUGUUGAUCAUUGACUUGUUAAGGCGGUCGUGGAGGCGGUCUGGCUCGGCCCAGGUGGCCGAACUGGUUUGGGCCGGCAGGUCCUGGUUCACAAACCGGCAGGGACUUAAACCAUAGUCGGUAAGAAGGGAACGGGAAUUCGUGUGGACAGGGCGGAUUGGGCGGCGGCGGAACGAGUGGAGCGGGCGGCGGCGAUUGACGGCAGCAAAGAUGAUGGACGGCGGACGGGCGACGCUGGUUGCUGGAGAACGGUGGAGGGAGGCGGCGGCAGAUAAUGAUUGUGGUGGACAGUGGCAGCGGUGACGGAUGGCGGCAGCGAUGGCGACUGACUGCAGACGGACGGCGGUGGGCAGAAGGCGGGCGAAGGCGGAAAGACCGGGGCGACAGAUGAAGGUGGCGGAUGAAGGCGACAGUGGACGAUGAUGAUGUUGGAUGACGGUGGUGGCGGUGGUGCUGCAUAACUGACCCUCGCAGCCUCUCCUUCGGAGAGAUACGAGGAAAAACCUUAAAUGACUCUCUCUAUCUCCGUCUCUAUGGUUAUGUUACGAGAGUAUUCAUAAUCAUUCUCCGAUGCUAAAUAAAGAAAUAGAUCCUUAAGAAAGGAAAUUAUGUCUUAAUGGCCUAGGCUGAUGUGCUGACGAUGUAGAGGCGCUGGCCCACUUCUUCGAUCCCCAUCAUUAAAGCAUUUCUAUUAACAUAAAUGAUUUAAUCAUGUGGAACAAAACAACGAAGAAUUCCUAAUGAUGGACUAAACUUCUAUUUUACAGAGGUCUAUUCAACUCAAGCGCAACUCAGGGCUUGCUAAGGCCCCUUCAUAGUUUUCUCCCCAUAAUAAUUAUGUAACCUAAAGAGUAAAGAUGAUAUCCCAAAUGUCUACACAUCUAAGUUAUGAAACCCUUAAUAUUAUCAUAAAAUGCGGUGAUAAAAUUACGUUCGAAUAGGGGGUACGUUUCUUCUUUGUUGGCAUGAAAAUCUAUGGAACUGGUAAGCCAGUAUUUGUUCAUAUCCCGACAUGAAAUCAUGAGAGUAUCGGUGAGUUUCUCCUUCCAAAUAUAUUAAGGUCAAACUAGAAUCUAGUUUGGCAUUAUUCUAAAUGAACUAGAUGAAGGUCUCCUUGAUGGACGUUUUGUUUAUCAUUUUCUUGGUUCUAUUUCACAAAGUUAGGGUAUCCCGUGGAAACACAUCUAUUUCGUCACUAGUAUUACUUUUUCAGAAUACUUCUGGAAUUUAGAGAAUUAUUUUUCACUGUUUAUAGAAAUUUGUGAAUGAAUCCGUUAUCAUCAUCGAACUUCACUCAUUUCAUUUCUAUAUGAUUUUAAACGUUUCUGAAUUUUUUCAGGACUCCUAUUUCUUCCUUAGUUCCACUCUUAGAACAUUAUCUUUGUCGCAUCCAAAUGGCUGAAAACCUUCUCCAAUACUUGUAAGCAUCAUUGAAAUAUAAAAAUAAAAAAUGGGACAACAGUUAGAAGAAUCUAACCGAAGGAACUAGAAAUUCCAAUAAUCGCAGAGUCUCAUAAAGAACAACCUAGGCUUUAGAGAAAAUUCCUAGUUUUAUUUAUACUCAUCAUUUAUUCUUGUUGGGUAUGACUUUGUGUUAAUUUCAUUUCAGGACACAGAUGUGUUCUGCUGCCUGUGAGCUGUAGCGUCAACAUUGCAGGUUUUGUGGCCCAGAAGGUAGUCAAAGCGGGGAGAAUUCUUGAUCCGUUGAAGAUGGUGGCAGAGGUUCUGAUGUAACCUUUCUUCAUCGGCAGCAUCCCUACUUGUUCAGAGAUUAGACUGGCCAACUCAUAUGACAAGCCCAUGGGCAUUAUGGGUUGGAGACUUUUCUUGGGUGAGGAUUUCAGCCAGGAACACCGGGCCACAAACCCUCUCCUGCCUCCCCAGGACCCGCCAUUGAAUUUGCAGGGAAUGACCGGAUGAGGGACCAAGCCACCAGCUACUUGGAGUUGUGGAAGGUGAAUGUGGACGUCUCGGCUUUUGAGUACAAUAACAGCCCAUGAGUUUGCGAUGCUGGAGAAGCUGCUGAGGACACCGCAGGCUCAGGCCUGUGCGGAGAACAUUCACAUCUUUGUCAAGAAGUACAUAUCAAUCAGGGGCCAUAAGUUAUCCUACUAGUCGGCUUGACUUGCAACAGUAAAUCUUGAAAUUCUCUCCUCGAGUAUUUCCUUUUAUCCCUCUAGAAACCAUAACUUUCUUUAAGGAAGCAUGUUGUGGAUUGGUCUGUUUAUGGUAAAACUUUCUGAAUUUGUUUAUCCUGUUCUUGUUCAUCAUUUGUCGGAACACCUGUCCCCAUUGAUUAGAGUAGAUUAGUCUUUAGAAUCUGAUAUUGCCAGUUAAACUGGUGUUCUCUAUGAGAGGGAAAAAAAUCUUGAUUGAACACAUCUAUACAGGUUUUAUGUUAAUUUAAAGAUUCGUAACCUUCUAACUUUGUAAAAUUGAAUGGGGUUUCUUGGAGUUGAUCCAUUUAAUUAAUUUUCUUGUGAAUCUAAGUACGUAGAAUCUAAGUCCAUUUAAUCUAAGUCUCUCAGGAGGAGCUACAACACAUUGACCAAAGUCCUCUCCAGCAUUAUUAGUAUGGAUCUAUGCACACUCGACAGAAUCUAGUUCUUCCCACUUUGGGAAAGUAAAGGAGGAACAAAGGAGUGGGAGCCAAUGACAACGUUGAUAGUGCACUGGCCCAAGCCCAUUUAAGAGUGAUUUCCUUUAAUGCUACAACAAGAGUCUUAUAAAAUACUCUCAUAAUGCUACAACAAGACUAGAGAAUAAUUUGUAAAGUUUACCUAUUUUGCUCUAUCAAGGAGAGGCCGUGAGGGUAAACCAGCUGUGCUUUGGAAAGGAGAGGUUGAGAGGGUGGCAAUCUAUUCGCCGCCAUCUUGCUUUGCCACCACUGCUACCCGUCUUCAAUUUAUUGCCUUUCUAACUCCAUCCACCAUAUUUGUCCACCAUUCUUUCGUCACCCAAUUCAUGUAUUGGCUGUUUUCUUGUCAUGGAGAUUGCAGCAACAUUAAAGAGAUUAAAAAUGAAGUUGUUGAAGUUUUAAAGCAUUUGUGAAGAUUUAUUUGUCGUAGCAAGGAGUGUGAAAGUUUUGUGUAAAGUUUUUGUUAAGAGGUAAUACCGUUGACCUUGGGUCUCACAAAUGUUAACCCUCGAUAAUGUUCCAUUUUCAGAUGCAAAGUAAGGUAAAAAUAAUGUAAAUGUCAUGUGAUUCUCAUGAAAUGAUAUGAAUUUGGUGAUAAAUAUAAUUAAUAAACUAUUAUUCUAUUUAACAAUUUUUGAUAAUUUUUCCAGUUCAAAUUAUGAAUGAACGUAUGGAGAUAUGCAUGAACAUAUUUGUCAAUUUUUUGAAGGAAAUAUGAUUUGGGCACUAUAAUGAAAAUGUGUAAAAAAUUUCAAAAAUAAUUUUAUUGUGUUUCUUAUUCUAACCUACUUUAUUAGAGCUUAUUUUAUUUUUUAAUGCUGAGAAGAAAUAUUAAAUUUUUAGGAUCAAGGAAACAACCAAUUUUCUACUAAAAUCGGAGGUCGUUAUGCAAUAGGUAGUUAGGAUAUAACUGUCAUCAAGCCAUAACCCUUGGCAGCAAUAAAAAGAAGGAAAGGAGGGAGAGAAAGGGUUGACUAAUUGGUGGACGGACCAAAGGUAAGGAAGAAGGCUGAAGAGCAAGGUGAAGAGGAAGGUAGAUCUCAAGACUAGCUGAUUGUGUUCAAUAGAGUUAUUUGUAAUUUUAUUUUGUAUUACUGUGUUAUUUCAUUUAUUUUCUGUACUUUGGUGACAAACAUUGAACAAAAAGAACCUUUCUCGAUUUUAUUUAAUCUAAAUGUUAUGUUCUUCUCAUUUUCUUGGGUGAUAGACAAAGAAAGGAGAGAUCUUUCAUUUCAUUCUAAGUUUUCAUCAUUGAAAAUUUAAUUAAAUUUUAAUUAUAAUUUAUUGCACUAUCUUUUAUUGUCCUUGGGUUAUAGACAAUGAAAGAAAAAUAUUUCCAUUCAAAUUUCUAAUAUUUAAUUAAAUAUUAAUAUUUUAAUCAAAAAAUUUCUAAGGACUCUUACUGCGUGAUGAUUGCUAACUUUGAUUUACUUUAGCAUUUUUUUUCUAGUUUAUUAUUGACAACCAAGGUAUAUUUUUAGUUCACUAAUUUGAAUUUAUUUUGGAUCUUCACUUCAAAUAUUUCAAAAUAUUCAUAAGUCAAUGGAAUCUACUCAAGUGAAAGUUGCCCUUCCCCUCUUUUCAUACCAUAAUUUAUAAUAUAUUUUCUUGCAUUCUUGAUUUAAUCUUCUCACCAUUAAAACCCUCUUUUAUUUUAUUUGAAGAUGAUAAGAAAAAUAGAAACCAAAAUUAAUUGCUGAAGAGGAUUGUAAGUAGUGAAAAGAAUGUUUUAUCAUUCAUCUCAUCCCAUUCAUUUUUAUUCCUUUCUUUUGAAUCAUCUUCCUUGUUAGAAAAUUAUAAACCUAUUAAAAUUAACUCUCACCAUCCUUGAGGUACGACCUGAACUUACACUAAUAUUCAUUUAGAAGGUCCAUAAAUAAAUAUUUUUAUUUUUCAUGCAUUAAAACAGGACAACCAACACAUAAUCAACCCCCUCAACCUCUCCUAGCAUGUUAUGUCCUUUUAAUGAAAUAAACUACAACUUUUUAAGUAUUAAGAUGAAAAUAUUUUUUAUUUCACAAGACUUAAGAGAUUUAGUAGAGAAUGGUUGUAAAGAAGGAAAGAGUCCUAAACAUGAUGGUAAAGAAAUUCAGAUAUUUUUUUAAUGCCAUAAGAUGGCUUUAAAAUUUCAAACUCUUUGUAGGGAAUUUGAUUUUUUUAUAUAAAAUCUAGUAAAUCUAUUUAGAUUUUUUUUUCUCGUUUUUUAAUUAUCAUUAAUCAAUCGAGAAUAAUACCAUAGAUAUUUCAGAAUAGAAAAUUAUUGAAUUUUUCUUGAGAAGUCUUCCAUCUAAAUUUCAUCGUGUUGUUGCUACUAUGGAAGAGUCUAAAGAUUUGUGUAUUUAUACUCAAAAUGAAUUAAUGGGAUCCUUAUGGACACAUGAAGAAAAGAUGAAAGACGUAUGGAAAAAAUUCUAGAGAAACAUUUUCAAAUGGUGUAGUUACUUCUAAUCAAUGACAUGAUAAUAGUAAUAGGGAUAGAGUAAAUAUCAUAACUAAGGCUGUAGAAAAGGUCAAGAUAGAUUUAAUUAUGGACAACAAAGGCAUGAUUGUGAAAAUAAUAAAAAUCAAAAAUCAAAUUAUAAGAUGAUGCAAUAUCGAUUUUGUAAGAAAUAUGUACAUAUUGAACCAUAUUAUUGGGAUGAGACAAAAUAACAAGAAAUAUUGAAGAUGAGAUUUCUAAGACAAUGUUUGAUUUUUUUUAAAAGCAUGGGCAUAUUAAAACAAAUUGUUGUGACAAGAAGAAUCAAAAUGAUUUAUUUUUUACUUUUGGAUCUUCAAUUAUAAGUAAAUUGAACAUCUAAUUUGUUAAUAGUGGUUGCAGCAAGCCUAUAAUGGGAAAAGAAAUUUUAUUUCAGAAUAUUGAUACACCAAUGAAAUGUGAUGUUACAAUUAGUGAUGAAAAUAAUGUGCAAAUUGAAGACAUUGGUACAAUUGCUCUUCAUACCAAAUCAGGAACAAAUACUUUCAUUUAUGAUGUAUAUUUUCUUCUAAAAUUGCAACACAAUUUAAUUAGUGUGGGUCAAUUGUUGAAGUGUAGAUAUAUUAUUCAUUUUGAAGAUGGUAAAUGUGUUAUGAAGUAUAAUAAAAAUGACAUGGCUCCUAUGUUGAUUCCUAAGGGUUGAAAAUAUGAUAUUUUCUCUUGAAAUUUUAAAACGUAUUGAAAUUAAGCUGAUUACUAAAGAGAAUGAUCAUUGUUUUUUUUGACAUUUGCACUAUAAAUAUUUAAAAUUUAAUACAAUAAAAUUAUUAUAAUAUAAGUAUAUAGUUUCAAAUUUACUCUCUCUUUCAGCAAAUAAUGAAUGGUGUGAAGAGUGUGCUUACAGAAAGAACACCAAUUAUUCUUUCUAAUAGAAAAAUCUCGGAGAGCAAGAUUUCCUAGUGAAUCAUUACAUGCUGAUAUAUAUGGUCUGAGGAGGAUUCCAUACGUGGUUUGUAUUUUCUAUUAAUUAUUCAUAAUUUUACACACAUGAGUUGGGUAUUUUUUCUCAUUCAAACACUUGAUCCAUUUGAUUCAAAUGCAAGUCUAUAUCUAAUAAGUUGAGUUAUUUUGUAAAAAUUAUGGCAAUCAAAGGCAGCUAAAUGUUUGAAGACUCUAGAGAAAAAUUGUUGCUAGAAAUAGAAUAAUAGUAGAGAUGGCUUUAAAUAUAUGCUUUGUGAGAAGCAUCUUCCAAAUAAAUUUUGGGCUAAAGUUGACAACAUCUACUUAUCUUUUGAAUAUUUUUUUGAAAAGAUAAUCAUGAAUAACUUCUUUGAUGUAUGAUGUCAUUGUAAGUCAAACGUUAUAGUCAUAUGAAACUUUUUGAUUGUGCUUCAUAUGCAUGAAUUAAUGCUGAUAAUCAUGAAAAAAUAAAUAAGAAAGGCUAUAAAUUUAUUUUUCUCUACUAUAGCAAUGAGCAUAAGGGCUAUUGUUUAUGUAAUCCUAAAAAUAUGAAAUUAUUAAUUUAUUAUGAUGUUAUAUUAGAUGAUAAUAGUAACUAAAAUUAGAGCUAAAAUUUAUUUCAUCAAAUAUGUUCUUAUGAAAAUAGAAAUAUAUAUAUAACUCUAAUAAGAAUCGACAUUUCAAGUUCCUACAUCAUCUAGCUCACCUUGGAGAGAGGCUUCAAGAAAUUCUAAUAAUUUUAAUUGCCACAACUACUCAAGUUUAGAUCCAUAAAAUCCUCUAAAACAGAUAAGAUCCUUAAGUGAAAUUAAUGAAUCAUGUGAUACAAGUUAUUCUACACUUACAAGUCAAGAAUACUAUGGAACACUAUCUUAAUAUAUUAGUAUAUCUGAAGAAUGUAUCUCCUUCCAUUUGUUCUUAGUUAUAGGAUUUAUACCGAGAAUCAUCAAUAUAUAAUUCAAAUGUUUGUCAAUAAUAUUUAACUCAUGUUAAAAACAGCCAUCAUGUAUAUGUACGGUUGAACAAAUAUUAAAUGAAUUAUUCAUAGCUAAAGUUUCCACUUGUAAGUAUUGAAAUUAAAUGCAUCAAUAAAUUUGAGUGACACAAUUACUUGAUUUCUCAUCAUGAUAGUUUAUGUAUAUACUAAGAUUUUUCAAAUCAAUUUGUAACAUGAUAAUUUUAUGCAAUGAAAUCAAUUAAAUACAUAAAUUAUGUAGUACCAGUCAUAAGUAUAUUCAUAAAUUAUCAUAUGAACAUUUAAAAUAUUAUUUAAUACUCUAUUUGAAUACUUUCAUGUCUACUCUUUUAUCAUAUAUAUCUAGAACUAGGCAUAUUUUAAUAUUUUUUAUCAUCAUCAAAUCUCAUAUAUAUAAUACUUCAACAUAAGAGGGAUAGGAGAGAGGGGAAAUAAGUGAGAAAGAGAAAAUUUGGAGAGACAAGAAAGGGGGUGAUAUGAAAAAGAAAGAAGUAGAAUAGUGUGACGAGAGAAGAUAGAAGAGACAACCCAUUAAAAGGAGUUGACUGGUUAAUCAUGACACAUGAAAGAGAUGGAGAGGCAAAAAGAAAUAAAAGGAAAAUCAAGAUCAAGAGAGUUUUUAUUGAUAGAAGGUUUUUCCCAAUGAGAGAGAUUUUCAGCAAAAGGUGAGGAGAAAUGAAAGAAAAAUACUGAAAAGUAAUUUUUAAAAUGUGAAGAUAAGCAAGAAAAGAACAAAUGAGAGGAGAGAAAAAUAGUUGGAAACUAAAGAAAAAAUGUGAGUGGAGAGAGAAGUUCACUACUAGAAGAGUUGUUGAGAGAGAGAGAGAGAGUAAUUGCUAGAAAGAUCAAUAUUUCUCAUGAACUAAAUGAAAAUGGAACAAAACCUAGAUUGAAAAUAAAAGUAGAGGAGUGAUUAGAAGAUUAGAUGUAAGAUGAGAGAGAAAAUGAUUCAAGAAAAGUGAAAGCUCAAUGGAAAAUUCAAGAACUCAUGCCAAAGAAAGUCACUCAUUGAUUUGAGAAAAUCAAAAUUUCUAGUGAAUAUAAAAACAAAGGCUGAUCGAAAAUAGAAAAAGUAUCAUUUUAUAAUGAAAAAAUAGUGAAAAGGAGAGAAAGAAAGAAGAGGAAAAGAGGAAAAACUUUAUAUAAAGGUGAAAAGUCACUAGUGGGAGGAUGCUGGUGUCAGAUGGAAAUGAAAAGUUGAGAAUGGAACAAAAGGAUGGGAGAAUGUCAGAAUAACUGUGUGAAUGAGUACAAGACAAACUAAUAGAGAAUAGAGAUGGAGUGAGAGGAGGCACAUGCCAAAAACAUAAGAAAAUUGAAGACUUCUUCUCAUCUUCCCAUCUAUCACCAAGGUAGAAAGAGUGAAAGGGAGAAGAGGAAAGCCACAAAGAUUAACAAAAAAACUAAACAAAAAAUUUAAAAUGCUAAGGAAGAGUAAUGAAUGAUUUCAUGCCUAUCCUAGAAGAAAAAAUUGAGAGAGAAGAGAGGAAUUUCAAGAAAAGAGAGCUCAAGGAGGAUGGAGAGGAGAUGAAUAGGAAAAAUAAGGGGAGGGGACUUUAUAUCUCAGAUAAGUUGAUGAAUCUAGAUGGGGACAUGAUGAUCUAGGACUGUCUCAUUAACAUAUAAAGACAAAUUACCCUUGUCUUUAGCCAAAUUAUCUUUUUAUCUUGAGUAAAAAAUGAAUAACUAAUAACUAAAUGUUAUUAUAAAUAGGAAUGUGUUUAUUGAAUUUGAAAAUAAAUUGAAAUAAGAAAAUCAUAAUAUUGGAUACUUUUAUCUUAUUUCACUUAAAAUUAUCUUGUUAUCAAUAUUAAAGUAGCACAUUGCAAAAUACUUCUAAAUGUAAUGAGUGACUUGUUGUAAUCCAAAUUUUCUGCAAAAUAUGAAUCAACAAAACUUGUCAUAGUUUUACAAGUUUUACCAAAUUCAAAAUAUGUAUUAAUCAUAUCAUCCAAGUAUUUUAAAAAAUCACUUCAUUGUAUUUAUACUAUUAUAGGUUAACAAUACAUGAUGCUUGUGGUAAACCAUGAGGCAUAACAUGCUGCCUACUAUGUUAGAAUAUGAUAGAUGUGACAUAUUUUCUCCUCCUUUCAGAGAUUAAAGUGGUAAUGUUGGCUUCCAAAAAUGUCAUAGUACCUUUUACUUAACCUAAGUCAAAUCUUUGCCACUUUUAAAUCUUUCAACCCAUAUUUAGUAUUGAGUAAAAUUUUCAGCUUUGCUAAUUUUAGUCCUAUUUUCUGCUGCAUAAACAUGUAGUCAAUAUAAGACAACAUAAAAUGAAAGAAUUAAUUACCAACUUUAUGAUAGAAAUAUAAUUGCCAAAAUUUACCUCAUUAGAAUUUAUAUUGUAUCAUAAAUAUAUUAGAUCUACUAUACCACUUUUCUGGAUAUUAUUUGAGACAAACAUAAAAACAUACAUGAUUCUCUUUUUCUUCUACAAGAAAACCUUGAAAUUUCUGCAAAUAAAGUUCUUAAAAAUGACAUAAUUCUAGUUCGACAUUCAUCUACUAUAGCUCGUAAUUUUGAUACAAUUAAAGAUAAAAAAAUGAACAAAACCAUUUUUGACAAUAUGUAAAAAAAUACAAUUAUAAUUAAUAUCUUCAGCUUCACUAUAGCCCUUUGCCAUUGUACGUUUACUUUAACAUCAUUGAUAUUUGCUGCCAAUGACUCUCUUAUCUUUAAGAGUCUCUAUGUACUCCCAAGUAUGAUUUUUUCAUAGAAAAUCAAUUUCCUUCUACGUAGAACCUAAAACCUUAUCAACAUCCUCAUGAGAUAUGGCAUCCAAUAUUUUGGAAGUCUCAUUAGAGUCACAUGUCCUCUCUAAUAAUCAUAGCUUGUAUUAUUUAACUUGUGAAGCAUACUUAAGAAAUAUGUACAUCUCUUCCCCCAGUUCUAAUUUUGCUAUCACUACCAUACACAACCUAGAAAACUAAAAUGCCCAGAACCAUAAUAGUUAGAGCUUUGCCUAACCACUCUUGUUAUAAAGUUUGGAAGUCAGUGGAAGUUACAUUUGUCAAAAACCAUGGACAUCUGUCAAAAACUCUUUAUUAAGAGCUACAUUUUAAAGCAUAAAAUUGACUCUAUCUAGAUGACUUCUAUUCAUUUCUUCAACUUUAUUUUCUUUGGAAAAUAUCUUGCUUUUUAGUGCUUUAGAUCAACUUCCCUUUUAUAAAAAUCAUCACUUUACAAAGAGUAAAACAGUAAAUGGCAUUAAGCUCUUAAUUUAGAUCCUUGCCUGAUUUUUCUGCAAAGCCUUUCCUUAUUGAAGAUGUUGAGACACUAUAUAUUCAAAUUUUAGUUUAAAUACCAGGAAUUAUUAGAAAAAAUAAUGAAUAAAAAAUAAGAAAUAGUGUCUACCUCCGUAUAACAAUGUAAGAGAAAGACCCUAAAAAUCCUAGAUAUAAUCAAUCAUACCUUGAAUAUGCUUUUCUCAUACUUUUUUCUCAGUUUUUUUGUGCUUUAUCUCUCAUUUUUUUCUUAUGCUCCCUUUGAUUUAUCCUUAUCAUACCCUAGUUUGGGCAAAAGAUUCCUUUUUAUCUCUAACUUAUUACGCCAAAUGUUUGGCCCAACAACUGGUUUAGUGGACCUUUAAUGGCAAUGUAUGGGUCUCAAAUACACAACAUACAUAUGUAAAAAUGAUAAAAUUCAUUAAUUAUUAAAUACUUAAAAUUUUGAAGUAUGGUUUUAUGUGUUACAUUCUUAUCAAGGCACAUUUUACCCUGGAAAGUGGAACAUGUAAAAAUUGGGGAUAAACGAACCAACAAAUAUGAUAUUUUUGAAUAUCACUUGAAUAUCAACAUAUCUUUUAUAAAAGUUGAUUACGAUAGGGAUUGGUUUUCAUGAAGGUUAAGACCACAACUUGGCAAUGCACCAGCUUCAUAUCUUGGAUUCUCCAAGGAAAUGAUUGGUAUUCUGCCCUGCAAAAUCUGAAAAUCGUCUAACAAGUGUAAUUUACAGGAUGAUCGAGCCUGUGAAUGUACAGCAAACACUACUGAAGGACGUACCCGUCCAUUUUGACAUUUAAACUGUACACGUGGGGUUUUCCAAACCUGAUGCCGAAAAGAGACACAUAAGAAGGAAAGGUUUGUUCUUCUCCCCGUUGAAAAGAAUUUACUAUUGGCGGCUAGGUCGACAAUCUCCUAGCGAGAACAGCUGUAAGUGAAGUUCCAGUUGAUGGAUCCUCGACUAGAAGAGAACCAAUAAAUCGAGCUUGGAGUGGAGAAGCUCACGACUAGACGCAAGCAACCCAGGUUUCAGCAGAAGAAAAGAUGGAAAAUGGCUAAAGGAAGGAAGAAGCCCACUCGGGAGAGGGAAAACAAGCCGGACCCAAAGGAGCCUCCGCCACCGCUCCCUGACCCACUUCCGGCACCACUGCUAGUUCCUAUUCCAUCGCCGUUGUCGUUGCCACCGUCGCCCCCUCGUCCCCCUCCGCCACCACGGCCUCCACCUGCGCCCCCACGGCCUCCUCCGCUUCCGCCCCCGCCCCCACUUCCUCCCCCACGCCCUCCUCCACCUCCGCCGCCACCGCGUCCGCCGGACGACCGUGCCACCACAGUCUCAGCUACGAGCAAAAGCGAUAACAAUAGAACACAGAGAACCAGGGACAAGGAUGACUUCAUUCUUCCGAUUAUGUUCGCAAUUGAGAGAUCGGAGAUGAUCCGUAAGAGAGAGAAUGCGAACCCAUUGGAUGGCCCUCGCCCUAAUUUAUAGAGAGAGAAGAAAGCCUUCUCAUGUACGUUAACUGUGGCUCAGGACUGCACGGAGGAGGGUUCCCGCCUGGGUUCGCUAAGAGAUCAGAACUUUUUUCCUCGAACUAUCAAAUGGUCCACAUUCUGACGUUGGAAUCAAUCCAGUCAACAAACAUUGAGAGACAAUCCGCCACGAAAUGUCAAGCGGAACAACAUUUCUUCAAAUAUACGUAAAAUGACGCGUUGGACAUCGUUACACGGUAAAUUGAAGUUCGACAAAUCUUGGUUAAGAACUUCUCGCUCGACCCAAUUAAUUACUGAUAAAAAUGAUCUCUUGGCGGGGAAGAAAACAACGAAGAGUUAGAUCGUGUAAGUGAUUCAGCGUUCAUCUUUUCACUGAUGUUCUCAGAAACCUGAGCAAGAAUCAUAAUAGUAGUAGGAUCAGCCUUUGGAUUAGGUUCGUGUCUUGAGCAGGAACUGUUUCAUUCUUACUCUUCAGUUAAUAUAUACUUGGUUGAAUGAAAUUGCUUGCCGCCUUCCCUCACAUCACCGCCAUUGCCGCUCGUCUUCCCCAACCGCGUCAACGACUUGUGUUCUAACACUACGCGGGGAGCAGUCUGUUGGAUUAUCAUUAAAUACUAUAAGCGGCCACCUAACCAUGACCUGUUCAUGACCAGUAGGUACCAUUAAGAAGGUCAAACACGUGUUCAAUAAAAGGAAAGAAUCCGAAAGCUUCAGAAGCUCUAAGACCAAAGUUUGGAACAACGAGGACUGCGAUCCUUUCUUGUCUGAACUAUUUGUCGACUGGCACGCGCGGAUUUCGCUGAAAUAUUAGGUCAGAGAACGAUCCAGGCAAAGAGAUGGUCCCCAGGUAGAAGUCAAGUGGGAGGAAAGGCAUCCGAACGUACGAAUACAUCGACCCCCUCACUUCUCUCCCCCAUUCGCAUCUUCCUGCCAGCCUUGCCCCUCUGCUCCGAUUACGCCUGCUACCGCCUCCGGUGACUCGGAGGGUUCCGGGGAGCGCCGGAACAGAGAAAAUGACUCCGGAGCCGCCCCCGCCCCCGCUGCCUCCGGUUUUGGGGACAAAGGGGCGGGGGAUGAUCUCCAGCUCGUCGGUUUCAACCACGGCCGACGUCGGAGCAGCUACGGCGGUGGUGCCGUCCCAACGGUUACCUCUUUGGUUCCAGAGCGUUGCAGCUACGGCGGCGGUGUGGAGAAGAUGAAGGCUGCCGAUGUCUACAGGGGUUACUUGUCUUCGGUAUGCGGCGCUGUGAAUGCUGGCGCUGGGGGUCGCUGGUCAGGCCGCAGGUUGCCCAUGAUCCUGCAGUUCCACGGCGGAACGUUCGUCGCGGGGAGCAACUUGUCGGUGGCCAACGACUGCUUCUGUUGUCAGAUUGCGAAGCUAUGUGAUGUGAAGGUCAUUGCAGUAGGGUACAGGCUGGUACGAGAGAGCAGGUACCCGGCAGCGUUCGAGGAUGGACUGAAGGUGCUCAACUGGCUAGGGAAGCAGGCGAACCUAGCAGAGUGCAGCAAGUUCAUGGUGAACUCAAGAGGGGCUGGCGCAGUUGGGAUGGGAUGUGCUGCAGAGACCAGGUUUUCGUUUGCACCCGCACAUUGACUGGAGCCUGGGCUGGAGCCUUGGCUGGCUGCUCAUGGAGAACCUUCCAGGUUUUCUUUUUCCCCAUGCCUUUUCUUGUGUUUCUUUCCAUUGAAUAGGUUCUCAUUUUUUUCGUUUGUAGUUUGAUACUACUCUUGCGGUAAAACAGUACUUGCCAGGCUACAUAUUUUCACGAGCAUGAAAUUAAGGCAAUGUGAAUGUCGGUUGCAGUCUCGAAAUCAGAAUACGGCUGAUGCAUAUUGUCAGAUGCAUUAGUGACGAUGAAAUCGCAUUCUUGUCUCUGAGAGAGGAAGGUCUGUACUUCCGAUGUGAUGAUUUUCGUUGCUCAACUUUAACACUUCAGAGGUCCUUAAAGCAUUAAAAGAACAGGCUGCCUUAGCCUUUGGCCAGAAACUUUUGAAAACCCGUUCAUUCAGAGGUAUUUUGAAGCUUUUUAAGUGCAUUUCACGAAAAUACUGUUGAAUUGGACCUUGUCAUUAGUUACUCCUAGAGAAUUUUUCUGUCAAGAGACUGACUGAUUACGUGAUACCAGCCGUCAUUUGGCUAUUAGGUUUUCAGUAAUAUGUUUAAAAGCCUGCCUCUGAGGCUAGCCACGAAGAGAAGCCUGAAAAAUGUCUGAAUUGGUGAUAAUUAAUGGAAAAAAGGAUUUAUUUCUCUGUUCAUGUUUUUCCCCUGUGGAUGGUGGUUUGCCCAUCAUCUUUAGUUCUGGUACUGUCAUACAUAUACCUUAAUUGAUUUUCAGAAACUUCUUUUCUCAGGGAAGAUGUCAGCAUUAAAACUUUCUUCCAUACAUGGGCUGCGUUAUUUUGCUUCAUGAAGACUGAGAUGGGAAUGACAAGUUUAUUGGACAUUGCUUUAGGUUUUAUUACACUUCCUUCUCAGCCAAAGGAUAAAAUCAUGCUGACUUCUAGACCAGUGUUAUCGUGUGAAGCAUCUAUUGAACCAGCUACUUUGAAUCCUUAUUAUGUACACAAUUCCAGCAUGUCCUACAUUUCACUGCACGAUUUGAAGAACUGCGAAUAUAAUUGCCAGAUAGUCAAUAUGCUUUACCAAUGAUUUGGAUUUUAGUGUCUCAUCUGUUUUGAGUUCACAUGUUUAGAAGGAGUACCUUACUAAAUAUUAGUGGAAAAAUAAUAUGCUCACAUUGGAUUUUAGCAAGGAUGGAUUUAGUUGAGAUUCCAAUAUAAUAGAUGAAUGAUUUUAUAAACUAAAGAUUAAGAGGAAUCUCUGACCGCGUAGGGUUAUAUCCGUUCAUAUUCAGGGCAAUGCUCUCCACGAGUUUUGAUUCCAAAAGGACGUCCGGCUUCUUUGACUUCAGGUCUCCUCGUAAUCCUUAUCAGGAAAACACCGUACGUUGCCUGGACGGCCCUGAAGCCCCAAGUGCCUAUGGCAAGUCUUUACGAGUCUACCCCAGUUUCUCUCUACUGGUAGGGACAGCCGCAUCUAGUCAAAAAAUUGUCGUCUCCUUGUCUAAAAUCCUCUCUCUUCUCUCUCUCUCUCUGUCUGUCUCUUUCUCUCUCUCUCUCUCUGUCUCUCUGUCUCUCUCUCUCUGUCUCUCUCUCUGUGUCUCUCUGUCUAAAAUCAUAUACUAACCAUUGAAUAAUUUUUUUAAUGUUUUUUCUUCUCUUAUUUCAAAAAACGACCCGCAAGUCAUCUGUCAACUGCACUUACUUUGAAGGAGUCUUAUGUUCACAAUACUCGUCAGGUAUAACACAAAACAUAGAAAAUAUAAGGUACCUGACGAUGGCACCUCAUGAGCAGCUGCUGGAAAGCAAGAACUGACCAUGAAAAAUGUCUGAGAAACUAAUUUAAGCUCCAAUAAAAGGAAAUAAAAUUUUGAACUAUAUGAGAAUGCACUUGAGUAUUAUCAUCGGAGUCCCUAGAAUGAAAUUCUUGGGCCUAAAUGUAGAUUGUUACAUGAUCAGUAUACUAAAAUGAAGCCUUCACAUCAAUGACCGACACUUUUCCAAGCAUAAGGAAUCAAUGGAUUGAAUAUUGUAACCAUUUAUCUUUACUACAUUGUAUGAGGCUCACAAUCAUAUUGAAUGCAAAUAAAACUGAGUCCAAUAAUGUGCUCAAUCCAACCUAAAACCAACCUUUGUAGCACAUGCUAACACAAGCUUUUCAGAGAUUGUGGUAAUCUAGAAUUACAAGUUUAUAAAAGCUAGCUAUAUCCUUGUUCUCAGAUUCUUUACAAAAAACAAGAAAAGAGAUGAGAUCUUUAAAAAGUAUAUUAGGCCCAAAUUGUUGAACCACCGUGAAUCAAAGGUUUAAGAUAAUCACAAGUCAUCUAGUGCACCGGGCUCACUCAACUAUUACAAACAUUUUACAAAACUUGUUGAAAUUGAUCCUUAUUGAGCUAGAGCUGAUAGACGAGAUAUAAUUGAAGGAUAUAAUUGUCAAAAUAAAAUAAUCAAAAUUAAAGUAGAGAGAAAAGCACAAAGAAGGUUAUUUUAAAGAUAAAAUUCCAAGUGACAAAAAUAUUAUAUAUGUAGCUCUUAACAUAUAAUACAAAACAGUCCUAAUGGAAUUUUUAAUUGUUUAGAUCCGUCUUGAUUGAAGCUAACACGGGUUGAUCAGGCUCAAAAUUCAAUUAGAUGUUUAAUCCUUUCGAAUAUUAUAUUUUUUUAUCUUGUAACUCGAUACGAACACAGACAAAUGGCAUAUCUAAAUGAUUGUCAGUAUUGGGAGUACCAAGAUACAAAGAGAGAAAAACAGAGGUACGGAUCUCAGAUAAAUCUGCACCUGAUGCAUGUGUAUAUACUAAGCGAGAACGAACGAGUGAACGGUAUGGGAGCGUACGUAGUCCCUGAGGUAUGUCGCCCACAACGUCUAAAUAGUUCUAAUGAGAUCAUGUGACCAUUAAGUCUACAUUAAUCACAUACGAUAACUCCUGGUAACACUAAAGAUUUAAUAAAACAUAGAAAUGUUCUUUCUACGGCCUUUCUAGAGCUUAUAACUUUCAUUAUUUUUUUUACUAAUGAUAUCAUGGAACGUUAAGAAUAAGGCACUCACAAUAGUUUACGGUAACUGCACUUAAAUCAACCAAUUACGCAGAUAUGAUUCAAUAUUUAAGCAAACUACAUGUCACAUGCUUUUGUUAUAUUUGGUUAUCUUGUAACUCGAUACAAAUAGAGACAAAUGGUAUAUCUAAAUGACAAUCAGUAUUGAGAGCAGCUAGAUACAAAGUGAGAAAAGCAGAGGCUCGGAGAUUGAUGGAUAAACAUAUCUCAAAUAAAUCUACACAUGAUGCGUGUAUAUACUGAGCGAUAAUGAGUGAGUGAACGGGAUGGAUGCAUACAUGUUAUCCCUGAAGUAUGUCGCUCACUACCUCUAAACAAUUCUAAUGAGGUCAUAUCACCACUAAGUGUACAUUAAUCAUAUAUGACAACUUCUAGUAGCACUAAAGAUUUAUGAAAACACAAAAAUGUUCUUUCUUCGGCCUUUCUAGAGCUUAUAACUUUCCUUAUCUUUUAGUGACGAUGUCAUGGAACGUAGAGAAUAAAGCAUUCACAAUGAUUUACCGUAACUGCACUUACAUUGACCAAUUACGCAGAUAGGAUUUGACAUUUAAUCAAACUACACGGCGGACGCUUUGUGUAUUGGGCUGUGUUUUUCACUGGCGUGAGAAAUCUGGCAUGUCAUUUUUCUUCUUUAAGGCAGGGCGUCUUUUACCAUGGAGUGUUGAACUUGGGAGCCAUACAAAUUACAGAAUGAAGACAUAACGAUAUCUUCGAAUACCACUUGUGUACGGGCAUAUCUUGUACAAGAAUCUUACCCCGACAUGGAUUGGUUUCCUUCUGAGCUUUCAACCACAACUUGGCAAGGCGCCAGCUUGAAAUCUUGGGUUUUCAAAGAAAUCUUAACAUGAAGAUAUUUCUAUCAAUGUACUUUACAAGAAGAUCAAGGCUGUGCAUGCGCACCAGACACUCCCGGUCCAUUUCCAAACCUGAUGUAGAGAGAGAGGAACAGACAGGAGAAAGAUGCGUUUGUUGCUGUUCCCGCCAAGGCCAGAGACCACUGUUGGCGGCGAGCUCGGCAACAUCAAUGGGAGAACACCUGUCAAUGAAACCCCAGAUGGUUGUUCGUCCACCCACAGAGAACAUAUAAAUCGAGCUCAGAGGAGAAGCUCACGAGGGGGACUCACGCUAGAAGAGAUGGAAAACCUAGGUUUCAGUAGAAGAGAUGGAAAAUGGCAACAAGAAGGAAGAAGCCCCAGCGGUAGCUGGACCCAAGGAUGCUCCGCUUCCGGCACAUCGACGUCGACGUCAGGGCCGCCACGGCCUCCUCCGACUGGCCCCCCACGGUCUCCUGCUCCUCCGCCGUACUGCUGUGCCAUCGCAACCUUAG